ACUAACCGUAUAGAUCCCUACAGCAGAGAGGAGCCGAAACCCCAACCAAACCUUCCUCCUCCUCCGAAACUAAACCCGGAGCAGUGUGACAGCACUGACAUGCAGAAAAUAGAGCUCCGUUUUCAUACAAAUCCGGUAGGCUUUACUUGAAAUUGAAUCCAUUUUCUCUCUUAACUUUUCUUUUCCAUCCAAACUAAAACCCCAGCCAAGACAAGAGAGAGAAAUGGCGUUUAGAGGGAAGGAGAUGAUGAAGAAAGUGCUGAAGAAUAUCGGCGGGGAGAAGAACUUGGCGCCAGGAAUGAAGGAGUCGCUGAAGAAAUGCAUACCGGACAGCAAGGUGGUGAUGGGUCGGGCCAAGCGCGGCCUCUAUGCCGGCCGCCACAUCCAGUUCGGCAAUCGCGUCAGCGAAGACGGCGGCAACAAAUCAAGGAGGAAUUGGAAGCCAAAUGUCCAGGAGAAGCGGCUAUUCAGUUACGUUUUGGACCGCCAUGUUCGAGUGAAAGUCACUACUCAUGCCCUCCGCUGCAUUGACAAAGCAGGUGGGAUUGAUGAGUACCUGCUGAAAACUCCUUACCACAAGAUGGACACAGAAAUGGGUGUCUUCUGGAAAGCGAAGAUUGAGAAGCUGUACGAAGAGCUUGGGAAGAUGGAAGUUGUUUUCUUUUCACGCGAGGAUGAAGCCAAGUUUGAAGAGGGUUUUAAAGAUCUGAAACUAGCUGAGAGGACGGCUCGCAGGGAAGCUAGGAGACAGAUGUACGGUUGGUCAGGCAAACCAAAGCAGAUUGAGGAAGGACAACUGGAAGACCAGGUGAACGACAAGGAAGCUGCAAGAAUUGGGGAUGGAAGUUCACAUGUUGGUUUACAUGAGCAGUUGGUUGCAAACUCCUAAGUUCGUUGGUUAAUGUCUACUUGAAAUUUUGUUCCUCGUUAAAUGUUUAUUUUUGGAAGUAGUCAUAGAUGUAUGAGGUCUGAUAGCCAAAACCAUUUAUCAUUGUCAGAUGCAAAUUGACAAGGUGGACAUAAAUUUUUGUAAGUUAUCUCGUAAUCUGCUUUAGCUGAGUCCUGAAAUUUGAUGGGGAAUCAGCUUUUCAUGGCC